AACGAAGAACAGUAAAUAGGAAAUUGGUAAAUAGUUGUCGAGAAUGUUCCAAAGGAGGCGAGCUCCUGGUUUUGGUGUAAUACUUCUUGUUGCACAAUUAAUGCAAACUGGUAUACAGUAUAUCCCCCCAAUCACACUUGGUAUCAUUGUAUUAAACACUGUUGUGUACCUUCGUUUAUUAUCUGGCUUACCAACCGUCAGACAGGCUUGCAUCAGUUACGUUUAUGUACGGUAUGGCCAAGAAUGGAGGCGAAUAUUUCUAUCCCCGUUUUUUCAUCUCGAUGACAUGCAUUUGUAUUAUAAUAUGGUGUCAUUUUUAUGGAAAGGCAGGUCCCUAGAAACUCGACUUGGUAGCAAUGGCUUGUUGUAUCUAAUAUCAGUUUUCUCAGUCCUGACCAGCCUCACCGUUCUCAUUCUCGACUAUAGUUUGUCAGUAUUGCUAAAUGAUCUUUCAUACCAACGUACAUGUGCAGCGGGUUUCUCAGGUGUAAUAUUUGCACUUAAAGUUUUAACAACUUAUAACCUACCCUCUGGGAGUAUGACAAAUGUGUUUCUGUUUAAUGUACCAAGUCGCAUUGCAUUUUGGGUUGAACUAGUUGUUAUACAGUUGUUAGUACCAUCAGCAUCAUUUACUGGUCACCUUGCUGGGAUAUUUGUCGGUCUACUGUACAUUAAAGGGCCAUUAAAACUGAUGAUGGAUACUGUAGCCAACAUAUUCACAGCACCAACACACCCUAUUAGAACAAGACCAUCAUACACCUACAAUUCUGGACAAUCAGGUCGUCGUCCCCAGGCCACGACCGAAGACGAGGAUGCAGAACUCCAAGCUGCAAUACAAGAAAGUCUUAAUGACGUUAGACAAGGUCCUAAUGAGUCAUCUUCGCAUAGUUCAUCAAUGACGGACAUGUCAAAUAGUUCCAAUCAGGAACCCACUAGUGAAGAAAUUAGACAACUACGCCUUAGACGUUUUCAGAAUUAGAUAAAAAAUAUCGUGAAUACCCAAUAAGAUAGUUUAGAAAUAUUGUAACAUAAUCAGGCAUAAUAUCCUGGAAUAGAUGUGUAGUAGGUUAUGUCUCCCUCCAAGGCUAAAUCAACUCCGCAGUGAGUCAUCAUUUUACAAGCACAAUUAAGGCAUUAUCCAAAAACGUAAAAAACAGAACGGUGAAACAACUGAAUCCGAGAAAUUAGACCCGAACAUUUGAACUCAUUUAAAGAAGCAUUAUAUUUAAUUGAAAAUACGCUUUUUUAUUACAAUAGUUUGUCUUCUGAUUAACUAAAUAAUCAUGUAAUUCCGUCCUUAACAUGUAUUCAAAUAAAAUAAGGUGUAAAUA